UUAGUGGGGAACCCAGGGAUUUUGGGGGUACUUCUGGGUUGUGCGAGAACAUUGUAGGUAUAGUGGUCCUCUGUGGGAUUUUGGGGGACGUCUGAGGAACUUUGGAGUCGCCCCUGAAGUCUGUGGGGCCUCUCAACACCACGGGGGCACCUCAGGUGUUUGUAAAGACGUUUCUGGUGGCUGUGAGAGCUGCGGGGGCCCUUUGGGGUGCGAGCGCCCCAGGCCCGCCCCGCCCCAGGGGCGGCCCCAGCGCGAAGCCGGAAGGGCCGAGGCGGCCUGAAGGGGUGGGGCCCGUGGGCCCCAGGACUGGGCUGCCGGCCUGCGCGGGACGGGCAGCGCUGCUCCCCAGCGCCCGCCAAGGCGGGGCCGCCAGGGGCCCCCCGCGGCCAUGGCGCGGCCGCAUGGCCUGGGCCGCAUCCCCGAAAUGCAACUGGCGGCCUUCCCGGCGGCGGCGGCGGCGGCAGCAGCCGAGGACGAGGCAUUCCUGCCCGAGCCCCCGGCCCCGCGCGCACCCCGCCGCCCGCGGUCGCCGCCCUCCUCGCCCGUCUUCUUCGCCAGCCCGUCCCCGACUCUCCGCAGGCGCCUUCGGCUUCUCCGCAGCUUCCAGGAUUUUGGCCGCCAGGCGUGUGCCGGGCUGAGAUAAAAAAUCAUCCUUGCCCGGCAGGGUUGCCGUGGAGACAGCCGGCAGGGCAUGCAGUAAGCGCUCAAUAAACACUCCAUCCCUCCCACUUCCGGUGCAGACUUGAGGCUGCGGUCAGGCUCUGGGGGGCUGAGGCCAAUCUGCCUGCCACCCAGAGUGAUCUGGGGACGUGUGUUGUUAGCCUCAGUCUAGCGGCCUGUGAAACGGGGCCAGCGCUGCCCUCUGGGGGUGGCCUUCCAAGUGGCCCGGUGAUGUUACCGCGUGCGCCGGGCUCUGAGAACGGCAGUUCCUUUCCUGGCCAGCCCCGGGGAGGGACGCUGGGGGCGGGAAGCCUGGGGGUGAGGAGCCUGGAGGCCGCAUCCUGUCUGGCUCCCCGGUGUGCGUUUAUCUUGGAAUUGGAGGUUGGCAGCCCGGAGGUGGGCACGGGCUGGCUCUGGGGGCUUCUCCGAAGCCAGGAGAGGGUCCUCUGCUUCGUCCUCUCUCGCUGCUCUGUCCGCACGCACUUGUGUAGAACCUGGGUCCCGAGACAGACUGCGAGGGGGCACUGCAGUGACAGGGCGCAGGCCCAGCGUCGGGACUCGGGGAGGACUGGGGCAGGGAGAGAAGGGGAAGAGGGGUGGCGGCCUCUGGGCGCCUCGCGUGGGGUCGGGUAGGGUGUGGUGGGGGAAUCAGUGCCUCUCUCUGGGUUUCUUGUCCUGUCUGUCCUUUUCCGCACCCCCUACGGGCCCCCUGCUCCACCUUCCCCCCAUUGGUCGUCCCUCCCCUGAGUUUUUGUCACCGGACCCUUCAGUCGGCAGGCGUGUCUGGUUCCCUCUGGGGCAGAGACUGUUCAGAGACCUCCAGCUGUCCCAGCUCGACGUCAGGGACGGGAGAGAGGAGGCGGUGCCAGAGGCAAGCGGGGCGGGCCUGGAGCCCGGGAAACCGGAGCUCAGGGGCCCCCUCCAGGCGCUGGGGGAGGAGGGCAGGCGGGAA